UAUCUUGCGGUGUGGGUGCCGAUCAUGACAACAACAAACUCCAGGAAUGAACCAGAUUAUCCCUAUAUAUAUAGAUGGAUAUAUAUGUUCGCCUCUUUACGCUACAGGACUCAGACCUGGUAACUACUCUUGCGCAGGACUAGCUCCCCCUCCGGUGCAUAAACGAGGACCAUGACUUCGUUCCUACCACUCUGCCUCUUGGCGCUGGUUCUCGAUGCCUCCGCCAAUCCACUCCCGGUGCCGACCCCCCCGCCCCUCGGCACCACCUCCGCCAGCGGGGAGUCGCCGUUCGCGACGCCGACAUGCACCACGACCCUGACAAAGCUGGUCGCCGGGUUCCAGGGCGAGUGGACCCCCUCGAUCCUGAAGACGGUCUACACGACCACCGAGACGGUGUACUCGCGGGUGCCGUGCGGCGGGUGCGCCCUGGCCAUCACGGCCGAUUUCGCGGGCGCCUUCGGCGGACUGGGGCCAGUGGAAAUGGUCACGGGAACCACCACGGCGACGGAGCCGUUCAGCACGACGCUCACGGUGUGCUCCGCCGACCCGUCCUCGCCCCCGCACCAACAGAUCCCCCGGGAUGGGCUCGACGUCCGGCAGGAUGAACCGAGCACCGCGGCAGAAUGCACGCACACCCAGUUCGUGCCCAUCACGCCACUGUUGAUGUCCGAGCAUACCAGGACCAUCUACACGGCGACGGACACCAUCACAAGCCACAUCGACUGCAGCGGCUGCAACCUCGUCCACGUGUCCACCGUCGACUACCUCAACCCGGGCCCAGUGAUCCACUUCACGACCACCCUAACAGCCGAGUCGCCCAGCGCCGCGACGACAUACGCCUGCCUCCAGACCCGCAGCUUUAUCACCCCGCCGACAACCCGCACCCUCCCAGUGGAACCAACCGCCUCGGCCGCUGACGCCCCCCUCCGCCGCCGCGACGACCAGCCCCAACCCACGACCACAACAACAAUCACAAAAACUCUCACCCGGACAGCCUACUCCGCAACCGUGACCGCCGUCGUGACAGCCACCGACUGCGGACCCGUCAGCGCGGCCGACGGCCCGCCGGGCGCGAUACCCAGACGACAACGACGACAGGAGGGAGACGACGGGAUCGCAACAGUCUACGCCACCGUCGUAGCCGUGGUCGACGGCGAGGGGAUGUGGACGCGCACUUCGUUCCACUGCGCCGACACCACCGACGUGUCGUUUACGCACCCGCAUCCGCACCCGCCGCCGCCGCCGCCUACGCCGACGGCCGGGAGGGGAAUGUUCGGAGGGUUGGUGCCGGGGCCGGUGAUGCUGGUCCCAGCGGCGGCGGGGACGGAGGCGGCGACUAGGCCGCCGAGCCGGCCGCCGCCGCCGGCGAAUCCGACGACGGUUACCUCGACGGUUAAUCUUGGGGGUCGGUCUUGA